AUGAAUAUUAACAGUCUUCUUGCAACCACGUUUUUCAUUCUUUCACUUCACGCUUCAAAUGCUGCUCAUAUGAACACAAAUCUAACAGCUCCACUUACUAUUGGAAUAACAACAUUCUAUGCAAAUAAACAACCAAUAAUAAAGUCUAUAAAUCAAAUAAAUCGAUCGACUGGUCCGGUGUUGUUUAAUUUCACGGAUUCUCAGAAUAAACGUGGUGAAUGGUAUGAAAUAUCAGAAACAGUUCGAGUUGAAGAACGAUCUGAUGCCACACUUGUACAACAUGUUACAUAUAAUAAUCAAUCAUCAAUCUUCUUCUAUCCACUCAAAAUAUUACCAGAUAGAUUUGGUUCCUCUGGUGUCAAAUACAUAGUGGAUACUUGGGAUUUGUCCGAGUUUACCGACUUUUUGAUUGAUGUAAAUGGAAACAGUAAAAAUUCUAAAUUCAAAUUCACCAUCUAUGGCAAAUGUUCGAAAACAUUCGAAUGUCAAUCAUACGAGACGAAUUUCCAGAUAUCUGGAGGACGACAACAAAUAAAAUUACCAUUUCGUGCAUUUAAAGCAAAGUUUCGGGGAGCACAGUAUUCUGAUUCACUGCAUUCAUUUUUAAGACAAGUAACUCGUCUCAGGAUACAAGCAUACGUUGAUCACAAUGCUCCGAAAAACGAAUUCGGUCCAGGUUCAAUUGAAAUACACUACAUCACAGCACGCAAACUCAAACCAACUACCGACAAUUAUUGA